CGGAGCAGGCGUUGACCGUCGGGGGGGGGGGGGGGGGGGGUGUGGGGGGGGGGGGGGGGGGGGGGGGGGGGGGGGGGGGGGGAGCAGGAAGCAGAGGAAAAGACGGGGAGAGCGCGAAGGAAGUCGUCGCCCCGCCGGCUCCGAUACCCAUGAGGGAACCGCCGGAGUUUGCGCGGAAAGCGUGGGGCGUCAAUCGACGACGUGUUGUGGAUUCUGCGAUGGGCGGGCGGCAGGAGGGACUCGUUUCCACAACGAAGAAAGAUAUGCCGAGGGAGAGACGAGAUUCGGCGCGAGGAGCAGGACGGGCUGAUCGUGCCGAGGUGAGCAGGGACAACAACAGCAAUAGGGGUCAUAGCUGGCAGGACGAGAGGGGGGGGGGGGUUCCAAGGAGCGGAGCGUCAGCCAACACUGGCAGCGGUGGCGUAAGCGGAAAGGGGACGGGCAAGGAGGACGCCGGAGAAAGGGUCAUCCCUUCGUGGCGUAACAGAGGGGUCGGAGCAGGGGGGCGUGCUGGAGGAGGAGGAGGGGGAGGAGGAGGAGGAGGGGGCACUUCCAGUGGGAAUGAGGUGAGGAAGAGAAAGUUCUCCCCCGCCUAGCUGUGUGUAAGAAGAAUGGAUGGAUAAGUACCUAUCUUUAGAUACUCUAAAAUAGGUACAGGUACAGAUAUGGAUAUUGAUGAGAUUUCAAUAUAGAUACGGAUACAGAUACGGAUAUAGACAUAGACGUAGAAAUGUACAAAUAGGUAGGCAAACAUACAUCUGCGUGCUUCUACGGAAUGAGGGCGUUCGUAGUCACACUAGGACUUCGCUACUGAAUCUUCCCACAGUUGAGGGCAGAUACGUAUCGUCCCGGAAAAGUCCCAGUCUGACUGUUUCCUAUUUCUGCUUCCAGUUCUUUUUGCAACGCCGGAUGCAAUAAAAUUCAGUGUAGGUAAAUCCAUGGCCGGGAGGGCCUACAACCAAAUCAAGCAGGCCAUGGGUGUGCUAGGCUGGCGAAAAGGAUUGGAGGGUUGGUGGCUUCCGUCCAGUGAAACGGAUGGGAUGGGUACCAUCUUGACCGUCUCCCCCCCCGGAAUAUAACACUUGGUCACAAUAGCUGUAUUUUGGGCAACUUUCAGCCCAGGUACAGGGAUUCUGACCGGCUGUUCUGUUUGGGUGAAGAUGGUAAUUGAAUGGCAUUGCACAGCUGGUUGCAGUCUCCAAAGCAAUCUCGUAAGUACGUAUUUGGGCCAACUUUCAGCCCAGGUUCAGUGAAGUCUCAUCUGAUCUUCUCCACAUCG